AUGAAAACUAUGUUUUUAGAUCAUUUGACUACAGUACUGCAUGAAAAACCAAACAAUAGCUUUAUUCUUAGCAAAGACAAAUACAUUGUUAUUAUAGAGGACGUUAAACAGGCUAAAGCAAAGCAGACAAAAAAAACUGUUGACUAUCGUCGACUAAACAAAUAUGAUGUUAUUGAAGUUGAGGGUAAAGAAAAACUUAUUGUACCACUAACAGAAGACAAUGGUGCUAUUUUGUACUAUGUGCACUCAGAAGAGUUGUUCGACUUGAUCAAUGAAACUCACUUGAAAAUCGGACAUGGAGGUCGCACAAAGAUGGAAAAAGAGCUCAAGAGAAAGUACAAAAAUAUCACCAAAGAAAUCAUCACUAUGUAUCUUCGGUUGUGCAAGCCUUGUCAGACUAAAUUGUCUAAUCCCAAGAAAGGUCUUGUUUCCAAACCUUUGAUAUUUAAAGAAUUUAACUCAAGAUGCCAAGUAGAUCUUAUUGAUAUGCAAAGUAACCCAGACGGCAAAUACAAGUUUAUACUCAGUUACCAGGAUCAUUUAACCAAGUUCAUAUUGUUGCGAGCUUUGGAAACCAAAAGAGCAGAAGAAGUUGCUUACCAGCUGCUGGAUAUCUUCACGACUAUUGGUGCCCCAAGUGUGCUUCAAUCAGAUAAUGGAAGAGAAUUUGUGAAUCAAGUUAUUUCUGAACUAAAGAACAUGUGGCCUGAACUUAAACUAGUUCACGGAAAACCAAGGCAUAGCCAAAGCCAAGGUUCAGUCGAACGUGCCAACCAAGAUGUUCUAAACAUGAUGAUGAAAUGAAUGCAAACAAAUGAAUCAGCUCAUUGGGCCGAGAGUCUCAAAUUCAUUCAAUUUAUGAAAAAUCGUUCUUUUUAUCAAGGAAUCCAACAAUCACCAUACGAAGCCCUGUUUGGAUGCAAAGCAAAAGUGGCA